AUGUUGUAAGAUUAGAUAUCUUUGGCUGAAUUCGUGCUUUAGGAGGCAAGAGAGAAAUGCUUUGAAAUUGAAGUCAAGGCAUUUAAAUAAUUUGAGAAGGAGAAAAAGCAAAUUGUGGAAAAAGAGAAAUCUAACAUUUAGGAAGAAAUUAAUACAAAAUAUAAGAAGAAGGCUUAAUAGGAGAGAAUCAAACAUAGUGCCCUUGUAAAUGGUGCUAGAAUGAGAUUGAUGAAUGCUAGAAAUCAAGCAUUGACAAAGAUUUUCUCUGAUUCACAAUAUCAAAUUUACAAAAUGAUCAGACAGGAUGAAAGAUUUUAUGAGGAAUUGUUAAAAAAUCUGAUGGUUCAAGGAUUAAUUAAAUUAUUUGAACAUGAAGUUGUAGUGAGAUGUUUACAAAGAGACAUUAGACAUGUAAGAAAUGUAAUAGAAGAUGCUAUCUCUGAAUUCUAAGAUAUUUUAAGAAAGGAAUUGAAUGGGUUAGAAUUUGAAGUCAAAAUAGACAUUGAUGAAGAUAAAUGUCUGGAUGAAAGAGCACUUAUUGACAAUUCAAUUAAAAGUGUUUAGGAUUACUCAUCACAGGAGUCAUCAUCAGAAGUCAUAUCGAAAACUGAAAACGACAAAAAAUGUUUUGGUGGAAUUUUGAUGACCACCAAGGAUGGUUUAAUUGUUUGUAAGAAUACCCUGGAUGUUAGAACUGAUUAGACAUUCUAAGACUCAUUGCCAAUUAUAAGAAGUACGUUGUUUGGAAAAUGAUGUCAUUUAUUAUAUUGAAACAUUUUAUAUUAAUAUUAUUAUU